GGGGAUCGUGCAUGGAACAAAGGAAUUCACAACUUCGACAGCCGGUGUUCUGACGCAAUAUUCUACAAGGAUGACUUUUACACCAUGGAUUCAAAGGGACUCAUCUGGGUUAUUCGCCAGAAAGCAGUGUGAUUGAAUGUGCGUCCCGUCGAGUUGGGGUCCGUCCUCCGUCCCCUAUACCUGCUAUUACUUGGUGGAGACGGAGGGUGAUUUGUUAACAGUUGCAUCCAGUUUUCCUUAUGGUAGCUUUCUUUUUGUUUACAGAAUGGAUUGGGAGAAGAAAAAGUGGGUCUUUGCUUCUUUCAAAAAAGCAGAGUACGCGAGUGAGUGCAUACUUUUCAUAUAUGAUGUUCCGGGCCAUAAUUACCGUAGGCUGGGUGCGUCCAUGGUGUCCACAGACGUUGAACCGGGUGCAGUGUGCUGGGAUUUCUUUUUGUUUUGAACAAACCGAAAUUAGUUACAUAUUUUAAGCAAUUGGGGAAAGGAAAAUUGAGUCCAAUUUAGGUUUAAUACCCUGUGAAGGUAAAAGAUACAAUACCAUGAGUCCAUCUUGAGUUCGAAUUUACUAAAAUGAAAAUUUCAAA